ACUCUCGCCUCACAAACACUUGACGCUAGCCUUUGUUGAAGCAACACCACCAGAGAAAAUUCUAGCGCUCUCUUCUCUGGCCCGGUCUUAGCUUAGACACGAUGAGCGGCGGGGGCUUCCUAGGGAAGCUUAAAGCGUUAGAUGCAUACCCUAAGAUAAAUGAAGACUUCUUCACGAAGACGAUGUCGGGUGGCAUCAUCACUAUCGUCUCCAGCGUGGUGAUGGUGCUGCUGUUUCUCUCGGAGCUACGGCUAUUCCUCACAACGUCGUCAGCUCACGAGCUAUCGGUGGACGUGGGGAGAGGAGAGAAGAUAAAGAUACACUUCGAUGUGACGUUCCCCAAGGUGCCCUGCGCCUGGCUGAGCCUGGACGCGAUGGACAUCAGCGGAGAGCUGCACCUUGAUCUGGUAGACCACGACGUCUACAAGCAGCGCCUGAACGCCAACGGCUCGCCUGUGAAGGAGGUAGAAAAGCACAACGUCGACGCGACGAAGAAGAAGCCGCCCUCGGCCGUCAACGCCACCGCGUCUGCUGCCGCCGGCGGCGCACCUGCAGGCGGGGCGGCGGGGGCCGCGGGGGCCGAGGGCGGGGCCGCGGGCGGCGCCGGCGGCGGCGAGAACGCCACGGCGCUGGCGAACGGCUGCGGCAGCUGCUACGGCGCGGAGGACAAGCAGGGCGACUGCUGCAACACCUGCGACGAGGUGCGCGCCGCCUACCGGCGCAAGGGCUGGGCUCUGUCCAACGUGGACCACAUCGAGCAGUGCGCGCACGACCUGUACACGGAGGCCAUCAAGGAGCAGGCGGGGGAGGGCUGCCACAUGUGGGGCAUGCUGGAGGUGAACAAGGUGGCCGGCAAUUUCCACUUUGCGCCGGGGCGCUCCUACCAGCAGGGCUCCAUGCACGUGCACGACAUCGCGCCCUUCGGUGACGCCGUCAUUGACUUCCGCCACGUCAUCCACAAGCUGUCCUUCGGAGAGCCCUACCCGGGCAUGAAGAACCCGCUGGACGGCGCCAAGGCCGGGCAGGCCGCGGCGGCGGCGGCGGCGGCCACGGGCAUGUUCCAGUACUUUCUGAAGGUGGUGCCCACCUCUUACACGGACCUCUCCAACAAAACCCUGUCCACCAACCAGUUCAGCGUCACCGAGAACUUCCGCGAGGCGCAGGGCGGCGCCGGCCGCACACUGCCCGGCGUGUUCUUCUUCUACGACCUCAGCCCCAUCAAGGUCAAGAUUGUGGAGCACGGCAGCUCCUUCCUGUCCUUCCUGACCUCGGUGUGCGCCAUCGUGGGCGGCGUGUUCACGGUCAGCGGCAUCGUGGACGCCUUCGUGUACACCGGCACACGGAUGAUCAAGAAGAAGAUGGAGCUGGGCAAGUUCUCUUAAGUGCAUAGAGCUAGGGAAGUUCCCUUAAGAAGAUGGAGCUCGGGAAGUUCUUUUAAAAAGAUGGAGCUGGGCAAGGUCCCUUAGGAGGAGGCGCAGCAGCGGACACAUUCCUGAGCCCGUGUGGUCGAGGGGCGGGGCCGAUCGCGCUUCUGCGUGGGUGUGAAAGCUCGGGCGGGUGGGCUGCAAGGGUGGAAGGGCGGCGUGGGAAAGCUGUGGUGGCGGACGGGCGGGCGGAUGGGGAAGGUGGGAGGAGGCGCGGGGGCUACCGGUAGCUGCCUGGCAGCCCAGUCGGAGGCUGGCGAGGUGGAAGCCACCCGGCAGUCAUGCGGGGUGGUGUGGCGGAGGCGGGUGGCAUGCAGGCUUGUGAGGGUGAGGGACCGCACGGCUGGUGGCAUGCCCGGGACAUGCACAGCACAGAUGCGCGGGUGGCGUUGCGCAAGCAGGUUGGGGGUUUAGCCUCAACACGUUGAGUGCGAGUUGUGGGGCAUGCUGAGCAUGAGCAGCUAACGGUUCUGAGCCCUGGGGAUGGGGCAAGAAUGAAACACCGGACCAACGGCAGCAGGCGUGUGAAUGAGUUGGAUCAUAGGGAGGAGGCUGGUGAAGUGGAUCCGGUCACGGUCGCAAUCGGGCUGGUCCGCUGGAGUGUCGACGCCGCGCGGCAAGGGCGUGCGGGCAGUUGCGGGCCGUGGUCGCAAUGCGGCGGGGCGGCGGGCACCGCUUGCUGCGGUGUGAGUAAUGAGUGAGUAAACGAGGACAGCGCGAGGACGAUUCGACGAAUUGUAGCAGGACACCUGGUGAAAGGACUGAAGGAUGAUUAGCCGGGGACUGCUUGCGGGGGUAUCGUGGGGGACUGGGGGUUUGCAGGGGUUGUGCGCCGUUGACCUGCCACGCGCAUAUUGGCAUACGGUGGUGUAAGGGUCCGGCCGU